AUGGCGCCGCCGGAGCUCAUGGACGAUCUCAUCGGCGAGAUCCUCCUCCGCCUCCCCCCGGAAGAUCCAGAGUGCCUUGUCCGCGCCUCCCUCGUCUGCAAACCCUGGCGUCGCCUCCUCUCCGAUCCGAGAUUCCCCCGCCGCUACCGCGAGUUCCACGGAGUGCCACCCCUGCUCGGCUUCCUCCACAACGAGGACGGAGGUCGCCAGUUCUUCCCCCGCUUCGUCCCCGUCAAAGAAGCGUCCCCUAUCCUUAACCCCCCGCCGGAUCCUCACUGCUAUAUCCUCGACUGUCGCCACGGACGCGUGCUCCUUCUCAACGGCUAUAAUCCAAGUCUCAUCGUCUGGGACCCCAUCACCAACAGCCGGCAGGACCUUGGGUGGCCCAAGUUAAAUUACUAUUACCGCUAUACGGCAGCGGUGCUCUGUGCCUUGGACGGCUGCGACCACCUCGGUUGCUGUGGUGGUCCCUUCCUCGUGGUCUUUGUAGUCAUCGACUUCCCGAACGAGCUUGGCGGUGACGAUGCAACAACUAGAACGUACUCAUCGGAGACUGGCACAUGGACUACUGGUGUCUCAUCAGUUUACCUUGGCCUCCCCAAGCCUGGCCGCAAGAUGAUAGGGAGCAGCCUACUUGCCAGAGGCGCACUAUAUUUCAUCCUCGAGAACGGACGGAGAAUCCUCAAGUAUGACUUGGCUGGGUGUGGCAUAUCGGUGAUGAGCCCACCACCCUUGCCUGUGGGAAACAUGGUGCUCAUGAAGGCCGAGGGCGGUGGCCUGGGAGCCUGCGGUGUGGAGGGCCACAACCUGCACCUGUGGGCGUGGCGGACUGGCCCCAAUGGCAUUCCGGAAUGGGAGAGGGGCAGGGUUAUCCAGCUUGACAUUGGUGACCUCUCUACAAAGCUUGAUGUUGUUGAUUUUGCGGAAGGUGCUGGUUCCAUCUUCAUAUUCGCAAACAAGGGCGUCUUUGCUGUUGACCUAAAAUCUGGCCGGGCCAGGAAGAUAGGAAAGGGAGGGGAGUUCAAGGUCAUCUUUCCCUUCAUGAGCUUCUACACUCCUAGUACUAGCCUCAUGCCCACUGAUUUAUUUCCACAGUCCUAA